UCAUCAUCAUCAUCACCACCACCAUCCAAUAUGCCAUUCUAUCGCUCAGUAUUACGAUCCUUGACGAUACAAAAAGUGAAAAGGAGCACAAUCAGCGACCUGCUCUGCGAUAAAAUAGCACGCCACUGCAAUCGUCUCGAGCAUAUUGAAUUGUACAUUUGCGACCAUGUCAAGCAUGCAACGCUGGCACCGUUCAUUCAGCAUGGCCAACUCACUCAAAUAUCACUAGCAGGCUGCUUCCAGAUCACGGACGAGUGUAUUCUUCAAGUUGCUAAGCAAUGCUCACAGUUGGAGCACUUGGACUUGCGUGCGUGUGGACUGAUAUCAGAUGUUUCGAUCUCGGCGAUCGCAAUGCAAUGUCGGGCAUUAAAGCAUUUGAACGUGGGUCGUGUCCGUGAAAGACAUCGUAUCACCAUAAAGUCGAUUCGGCUUAUUGCAAUGCACACAAACGUCACUGUUUUGGGAUUAGCAGGCUGUCAGAUCGAUGAUGAAUGUAUGCUACUGCUGGCUCAACAUCGCAACCGUCAUCUAGAGCGUAUAUCCGUCAAUAGCUGUCAUCGUAUCACCAACGCCGCCAUCCGCGCGUAUGCACAGUAUUGUCCGAACCUAUCCGUCUUUGAAAUGAAGGAAUGUCAUCUGAUUGAUGAUUGGGAGACAAUAGUCGCGCUUGCUCAACGAGAGGUGCUCAUGACAUUGUGCAAACAACAAGAUCGCGCAUGUUUUGCGUGGACGCAAAAGCAUGGUGUUCCUUGGGUUGUGAAAUCACCCCGAAGCAUCAGCUAAACAUUCCCUAAAAAAAC